AUGCGGCUGUUGCCACUUUUGCCAAUCGUCAUACUUGCCGCUCCCCUACCUAAGUCGGCAGAAUUCGACAGAACUGUGCAAUAUCUUUAUCAAUACGGGUAUUUGGGGACACCGCAACCUAGUCUUCAUGAGUUACGUACAGCUCUUGUCGUAUUCCAGGAAGUCGCGGGUGUUCCGAUGACGGGAGAGUUGGAUGACGAAACCCUUCUGGCAACCAGACGACCACGUUGUGGACAAGGGGAUACUCAAAGAGCUAAAAAUAGACAAAAACGUUUUGCUAUCUCGCAGCAGUCAAAAUGGCCGAAACGUCAUUUCACGGGUGAUAAUGAAAUUCAUCUUAAAUGGUUUAUCUCUAAGUAUACAAAAGAUUUAAAAGAAAAAGUUAUUAGAUCAACUGUUCAUAAAGCUUUUCAACUUUGGGCAACUCAGUCUAAUGUUAAGUCUGUUCCGAAGGUUACCUUGCAUUUCGAAGAAGUUCAUGCAAAAGAUGAUGCGGACAUCAACAUUCUUUGGGAUGAAGGAGAACAUGGAGAUUCUCAUAAGUUUGAUGGUUCGAGAGGAAAUCGGGAUAACAUCCUGGCUCAUACUUUCUUCCCUGGACAUUCUCAACCCUUAAACGGCGACAUUCAUUUCGAUGAUGCCGAAGAUUGGGAAGUGGAUCUGGAGAAAGUUAAAACUCAUGAUCGUCGAUUCUUCCCGUAUGUCUUGGCUCAUGAAAUCGGUCAUGCGUUGGGUCUGCAACAUUCUCGAAAACCAGAAGCUCUUAUGAAUCCUUAUUAUUCGGAUACUCCAUUAGAUGAACUUCAGUUGGAUAUUGAUGAUAAAUGUGGAAUCAAUUGGAAUUACGCUGGUCCAUCUGACUUUUGCUUGUUUGUCUGGCUUAUGUCCGAUGUAAUACAUAUGCGGAAAAACAAUUCUGAUUAUCACCAUGUCUAUUCGUCAGAUCACAUUUUGCCUUCGAAUGAAAGAAUUCGUAAGAAGUUGAAUAUUCUUUCGGAUGUGAGCAUUCCCCGCUGUACGCGAACAAACGAUGUGGAACAAUUCGCUGAAAAGCGACUUCAUCGAAUGUUACAGUUUCCUCCCGAAGAAGCUAAGAUCUUCAGCCGUGUUGUCUGUAACUUCCUUGCUGGUCUACACGUAUAUCGUGCUGAACGGGCUAAGAAAGCAGAGAACGAUCCUGACUUCCAAUAUGAAGAAACGAUAGAGAAAGAAUUUCAUAGCGUUUCCAAAACAGUCUCUGAAUUCUCUCAUUCGUCAGCCAACUCCAUACGUAGGAUGGCACGGCAAGCGGAAGAAGAUCAAUCACAGCAUAAGCCGAACAUAUUUGAUCCAAAUUAUUUUGAUGCGGAGUUUUUUGACGGAUUUUUCAAUCAAUAUCUUCAACUCAACGGGCAGUGA